AAUAUUACGGUAAUUAAAUUUAUUUUUCGUUGAUCACAGGUUUAUCAACUGUGGAUUAAACGGGUUGGCCGUGCUGACUUGCUGCAGAAGCCCAUGGACCAUGUAAGGAGAUCGUAUCGCGUCUGUCACAUCCACUUCGGACCGGAGAGUUUGUAUCUUGGUCGGUGGAACAAAUCCAGCGUAAAGCGGGAUGGCGUCCCGACGUUAUUUUUGGCAAACGCUUCUGCAGAGACAGAUGUCGCAAAUUCCGACGCCACAUCCGCCGAUUCCUACGGACCAGUACCGACAGCGGCGUCUGCAAUUGCAACCGGUACUACAUUUCCCGUCGACGCAGAGGCAACACCCGCCCAAUUUACGUCUGUGGCCGAAAGUUCCGAUGAGCUCCUUCGUAUGGAAAUAGAAGCGACACCCGGUCCGUCCACAUCUGCACCUACAACUUCUGAUGAUCCUUCUCAAAUGGGACGUCGGUCACGCAAGCGCCCCUUUUUGGAGGGAUUCCGGUACUUGUGGGAUGUACUGAGGAAGGAGCGAGUGUCAUUUCUUUGUCCGAGGAAUCUCAAUCAAGAUUGUUUGGAGAACUUCUUUGGGUGCAUUCGCAGUCAUGGAGUACGGAACGUCAGUCCUAAUGCGGCCGCUUUUGUCAAUUCAUUCAAGUCCCUCAUAAUUAAUAAUUAUUUGGCAAACCGUUCCAAAUCCUUUAACUGCGAGAGUGACAAUUUACGGGCGUUUGAUAAUUUAAAACAAUUCCUCUCCAGCAAAGUCACCACUACAACGGCCAUACGAUUUCCGGAAGUGACAAUUCCCGAAUACAGACCAACCGAUACAACGUUAUUGCGUAGGGGAACACUAACGUAUGUGGCUGGUUUUGUUGCUAAAAGAGUGCUCUCUAAGGUGGCAAGGUGUAAGCAAUGCAGACUGGAUCUUUUGGGAGACGAUCGGACUGCGAAGGAAUAUUUUGUAAUUCAAGCGAGGGCUUACUCUCCUAAUGCCCUGCUGUCUCCUACCUAUUUACCUACUUCAGCACGUAUUGCCUCAAAUUUGCGCAGAUGUAAAUAUUACUGGAGAGAUGGAGAUAGUGCUGAAGUAUACAAUGCAGCACGACAGUCGCUUCCACUGUACCCAGCAUGA